CAAGCGGAAACGGCUCCAUGGAAACGACGGGCUGGCGUGUCCCUGGAUCCGAGCACGGUUAGCUGCUGGCGUGAAUCUGUGAAGGAGGCUUUCACGUACGCUGACUAGUUCACUGCUCUCCUGCGAAGAUGAGUCGGAUGCCCGAUGCCAGAGCGAGGGACAACCAGACGAGGAGGAUCCAGGAGAACAUCACCAAUGUGGAGAAACAUUUUGGGGACAUGUGCCAGCUGUUUGCCGCCUAUGUCCGCAAGACGGCCAGGCUACGAGACAAGGCCGACCUCCUGGUACGAGAAAUCGGGCUGUACGCAGACACGGAGACACCGAGCCUGAAGAGGGGCAUGAAGCAGUAUGCCGACCACCUGGCUAAGAUUCAGGACUACCGCCAGGCUGAGGUGGAGAGACUUGAGGCCAAAAUCCUGGAGCCGUUAAAAAGCUAUGGAGCUGUAGUGAAACGUAAAAGGGAGGAUCUGAAGACGACUCAAAGUGCCAGAGACAGAGAAGCCAAACAGAUGGCUCAGCUUGAGAAGACCAGACAGAGAAACCCUUCCGACAGGCAGAUCAUUUCUCAGGCUGAAAGUGAGCUCCAGCGAGCCACCAUGGAUGCCACGCGGACAACCAAGCAGCUGGAGGAGACCAUAGAUGACUUUGAGAAGCAGAAGAUACGGGACAUCAAGAAGAUAUUUGGGGACUUUGUGACAGUGGAGAUGUCAUUCCACGCCAAGGCCUUGGAGAUGUACACCUUUGCCUAUCAGAGCAUUCAUAGCGUGGAUGAGGAGGAGGACCUGGAGGUGUUCAGGAGUUCACUGCACCCCCCUGACUACCAGUCACGCUUAGACAUAGUGCGAGCUAAUUCCAAAACCUCCCUCGAUCGGACCGGGUCCUUCCUGAGUACGUCAGGAACCCUACAGCAACAAAGACCUAGCAGUCAGCAGACGAGAGGUGAGCAGGAGGAAGAGGACAACGAAGAGGAUGAAGAGGAAUCUGAUGAGGAGGAGGAUGACGAGGAUGAAGAAGACACAGACGAUGAAAAUUGAAUUCUCUUCCCCUUUGCGUUGUCCUGUGGGGAGAAAAAGGUGAUAUCAAAACAUGUAUUAACUGUUUGAUUCUGUUCUAAAAGAAAAGGGAUGUCAUUGCCAAAAUCACCUCAGACACAGGUGGUCUGUGCAGUAUUGUAGUGUUGUAGCUGUCCGUCUUUGCAAUAUUUUUAUAUCGCACACGUUACCAAACAGUGCACUGUAUGUUCACAAGUCUUUAUAAAUAAAAGAAAAUCAAUUUGCUAUGUA